GACAGGCAUCGCGUCUGCAAAACAGUAUUCGUCUAAUUUGUAAUAAACACUAACUAAAGUCAGUCAAUAAUUUACAUUUUUCGUGCAUGUUUAAAAUUUACAUUCUCUGGUAUUCGAAUAAAUUGUGUCGUUGAAAAAGUAUUAAGAUUCAAGAGUGAAAAUGUAUCGCAUCACGGCAAUUAAUAAUGAAUCCGAAACAGAGGAGGAGGAUUAUACCAAAGUAACUAAAGAAGCCGAAGAAACGAUUAUUAUGUCUGAGUAUAUGCGGGCGCUUAAAUUACAAAAAGAACAACGUAUUGAUGACGCCCUGUCUUUACUAAGUGAACUUCUUGAAACCGAAAUUUUAUUUGAAGUAACAAAGACACACACAUCGAAAUCAUUGAUUUCAAUCAAAUACAAUUGCUAUAAAAAUAUUGCGCUCAUACAUAACAGCAGAAAAGACAAUGAACUGGCACUAGAAUUUUUACUUAAGGCAAUUGAAUUAGAUGACACUGAUGUGUAUACAGUUAAUAAAUUGGGGCAAAUUGCAUUGAAUUUAAAACAAUUGGAUAUUGCUCAAAUGGCAUUUGAAAAGUGUUUGAAGAAAAAUCCACUGCACUGGCCAUCUGGAGAUGGUAUUUUACAAAUACUGUGCCAACGUGAAGAGUACAACGAAGCGUAUGGAUGGGCACUGAGAUGGCAUGAUAAAAAUCCAAAAUAUACUCGAGCAUUGGAUGUGAUAUUAGAAAUUCGUGAAAAAUUUAGUAUUUGCGGUUUGGAAUAUAUUGAAAAUGCAUGGUCAAUAAAAUUUCAAGGUAAAUCUCUAAAGCGAACGCAUGAGAAAAGUGCAUUCCCGGCGCCGGAAUUUGAAGAGAAAAUAGAGCCCACGAAACCCGAUGUCGAAGAGUUUAAAACCGAAUCCUUCGAUAAAAUGAAUUGGUUUACAUUUGGUUCGAUGAUAUCAAAGCUGUACGAUCACCUUUCGGAAAUUGAAAACGGAUCGGCUCUUAGUAGCAUGUUUGAAACCUCUGACUUUUUAUUGGAAGUUGUUGAACCCGAACCACCGGAAGAGGAGAUGAAAGAAGAAAUAAUCGCUGAAGAUAUUGAUGCUGACACAGAGUCAAAAGGAGAAAAUGAUGCGGAAAACGAUAUCCCAAUAGAGGAUAAGCAAGAAAAUUCAAAUUCAGAGAGUAUGAAAUGUGCAGUAAUGAAUCCUGAAGGAGCCAAUUCGGCCGAUGGCAGCACUGAAGAUAGUGAUGCUCCGACUACAGGAGAUGACGGCUCAAAACCGGCAACCAGACCCAAAUCACGACGAAGAGGUAGUGACUUGAAAUUGCUCGAUCCAUGGUUUUAUUGGACAAAUCGAAAAUGUUCACAACGUCAAAAGAAUAAGAAAAUUGAACGCAUGGAAACUGAUACCACAAUCGAGGGUCUUUUGAAAAAAACACUGGAGAAAUACUAUGAAGAAAACUUUGAUGACGAAUCACCAUUCCAUCCAGACACAUCAAGUAUUUCUGAUCGUUCAACCACAAUCGAAGGCAGCUCUGAAAACGAUGAUAUCACAUUUGACAAGUUUCAAGAGUUGACAAAGGACACAUUUGCUCAACUCAUUAAAGAAAUAAAGGAAACAAGUUUUAGUGUAAUUACACUAAUCGGAAAGUGGAUUGAAUGCAUAUCAAGAUUCUGGGAGCAAAAAAUUCCCGAAGAUAUUUUGAAAUUGUAUUUAAAAUUAUUCCCAAAUUAUUUAAAUCAUCACAGUUUAUCCACAUGGAAUUUGUACAAUGAAAACGAUUUCCAAGCAGCUUUCCGUAUUACACUCUUUUAUUUGGAGUUGCGCCAAGAGCAGUCAUUGAAGACGGCCGAACCAAAUGUGAAGAACGAUGUGGCUGAAGAUUGGCUACUAAUGUAUAAUCAUAUGAUUUUUCAUUCGGGAUUAUAUGAAUUUGAUGCUGAUAAUGAAAUCGCCAUGAAAUAUCAAAAGCGUUUGAAUUGGUUACAAUACGUUUUAUCGCGUUAUGAGUACAAUUUGCGUCGUUCAGUGAAUUGUCUUGAAACGAUUCGUGAUCUAAUUAUCGCCCACGAUGACACCGCAAUUCUUGUACUGCCAAAUCAAGUGCACAACAAAAAAAUCGAUCUACAAACCAUAAAUGAAUCAAUUGUAAUGUUGGAACGUAUGAUAAAUCUGAAUAAUGUCCAUCAAUUGUAUACUGAACAAAAGUACGGUGAUUUAAUCGAGAUUCUCACCGAAAGCAUUGCAAAUACGACAAAAUCGAAAAAAGUUGAAAAUCCAGUGAUGAAAUUGAGUGAACAAUUUGAAAUAAUUUUAGAGAGUUUCUGGAGCUUGGGAUCGGUUGAAGAGUGUUUGAUUUGGUGUGAACGUUGCUUGAAGUAUUCAAUUGAUCAAUUUUCGGACAACAAGUCAUUGUAUAACGAAUGGGCAAAGAAUAUAAAUUUCAUUUUGACAUAUGUAGAGGCGAUCAUUUUAGAUGAAUCAUAUUUGAUUGAAUCAGUCAGUAAUUGUAGUGUUUCACUAGAUUCAAAUUCAAUAUUUCAAAUGUCAACUUUUUUUCAAAUAGUCAAAUGUCUUGGACGAUACUAUGCACGUCUCAUUCAAAGCAUUGUGAAAAUUCUUUCGAAUCAAUUGGACAACGACGAUAGAUGUAACAGCCAAGUGCAUCCCAUCAAUUUAAAAACACCAUGGGUUAUUUUACAUCACAUUUUGCAACGCGAAGAAGAUAUGAAAUCGAGUACAAAACGAAAAGUAUCCAGCGAUAACAGUUUAUCGAAUGAAAAUGUGGUGGCUGACGAAGUCGAAGAAGACGAAGGAGAAAUCACCGAUUACGAAGAGGAUUCAAUUCCAAAAUCGAUUUCAGUGUUCUUCACAGCGCAUGAGUAUCUCGGCAAUCGUACAUGGUGCACCAAAGAUAGUGGUCAAUUUCUACUAUUUAUUAUGGAUACCGUAACGCCACGCUUGCGAACACCAUACUUGGAACGAUUUCGCAAUGAAAUCGUCGAAUAUUUGGAACAAGUCACGUAUUGUCUCUACCGAUAUCCGGGCAAACGGGCACGUCUUAAACACCUUGAAAAGCAUGAAUCACAAAAUAUCGAAUUGGACUGGAAUCAUGCCAUACAACUGUACGAUAUUUAUCGGCCCGAUAAAUUGCCAGAAUUUGACGAUUUCAAACGCGACUCCAUUACAAAUGAAAUGGAACAAUUAUUUCAACGAAUUAUUGCGAUUAUACCAGCUGAAAUCGAUCUAAGCACACGUUGCGAUGCAAUGGAAAAAUUCAUAAGCGGACAAUUGAACGAAUUACCAAAACCACUCGAUAUUCUACCGUUUCAUAUAAAUUCGAUUUACUAUUUGUUGGCCGAUUAUUACUUCAAAAACAAAGAAAUUUCAAAGGCUUUGAAAUACUACAUCGCUGACUUGAGUAAUUCACCGACACGAUUCGAUGCCUGGGCGGGUUUAACAUUGUCCAAAGCCGAUUUGAUGCUGACGAAAUUAAGUUCGUGCGUUAACAACACGCCGGUUGAAAUGAUCCAAGAGUCGGACGAAGUGCUGCGUUGCUUUGAACAAUGUUUGAAAAUCGAUCGACAACAGCAAAAACUAUGGAUUGAAUAUGGCAGCUACGCAUACACACUACAUUCAUAUUGUUCAAGAUGCCUGAAACAAACCGCUGAAAAUCUUUCGACGGAAACUUUCUCAUUUUUGGAGCAGAAAAAAGAGAAAUGUUUGAAAAUAACGCAUGAUUGCUUUAUCACAAUGGAUAGCAUGAAACCGAUACCAACCGAUAUCGAAUCCGACGACAAUUCGGACGAUGAAAAAUGGCUUUAUCAUUAUAUGCUUGGGAAAGUGGCUGAAAAACGUAAAGAACCACCAAAUGUUGUUAUCGAUCAUUAUCUUAAAUCGGCUCAAUAUUUGUAUGAGAACAAUGCCACAUAUCCGUUUAAAAUCAGUUCGGCCAAUCCACAAAAUUUGGCACUUGAAGCUCUAGAAAUAUUCUAUCGAAUCACGGCGACGAUUAUCAAAUAUUUGGAACAACAUUCAGUGGUUAAUUAUGGAAUUGGUAAAUAUUUUAUGAAAAUAUUAAAACAACAAGCCAAAAGUCCAUUUGCAAUGAGUCAAGCAAAAAUCAAUGAAAAUAUAUUGAAUGCACAUCUUCAACGCAAACGGAAAUUAAAUGUGACGAAUGAAGAGACAAAUAAAACAAAAGUGGCUAAAAUUGAAGUGGCUCGAAAAUCAUCAUGUGAAACAAAGGAAAAUACAAAUCCAAAUGAGUCGGAAAUAUUGAUAUCGGUGAAAACCGAACCAAUAAAAAUGGAUACUGUAAAAAUCGAAACGACUGAUGAACCAGUGCCGUUGAUUCAAGAGGAAACUGAGGUGAACGAAGUUGUAGAGAUGAAAGUGGAAAACAAAGAUCCGGAAACUGGGGAAAUGGAACAGACAACAACUGUUGUUGAAGGCGAUAAGCCACAAAAUCCUGAGGUGAUUAGUAUCAUUGAAGAGAAUGUUGGCAGCCCGGUAAGGCGGGGAUCUCAAGAAAGUACGGCCACAACGACGACACAAACAACUACGACCACCAGCUCGGAUUCAACCUCUACGAGCUCUGAUUCGAGCAGCACAUCAGAUUCAAGCUCAGACAGUGAUGAUAGCUCCAGUGAGGACGAUUCAAAUAAAGACGAAAAUGCACCGUUAGAUGAAAAACGCAUUGAUUUUAUUUAUAAAAUGUGCAUUAAGAAUCUUGAAGAAUGCAUUACACGAUAUCCAGAGCAUCAUAAAUCGAUUUAUCGCUUGGUACUUAUUUAUAUGAAUGGGCCGGAGAAAAUUAGAGAUCUUCAAAAAUGCAAUCUACUUUUAUUGGGCACAUACACAACGGAGCUGGGCAAUCAAGUUCAAGGCUUGUUCACGGACCGAAAGAAUAAUAAUUUAUUCAAUGGAUUUUGGCGAAAUCAUUCAUCCGAAAUUGAGCGUCCCGGCAGUUUUUCAGCCCACCUUUCAAAAUGUGUCAAUAUUUUGAUGCAAACAUUGCGACUAAAUCAAGACUACAAAUUAUUUUUGGAAAUUAUUUUCUACAUGCAACGUGUCCCCGAUGCUGAUAAACGAUACAUCAAAGACAUCGAACGCAAAGAUUUGUUUGAUCACGCGAUGACAUUCUGUGUACAUGCAUUCAAGGAAUUGUUGAAGAAACAUGGAGUCGAACAACGAAAUGACAAUGAAAUCUUGUCAAUGCUUAUUGAAAUAUACAAAGCACAUAAAAAGCUAAAAAAUGUAUCACAAAAAGAGUCAGCAUUCUCUGGUGUGAUGGUUGAUGCUUAUAAAUCGUAUGCCGAAGGAAAAGCAUUGCUUCAAGAAAAUGUUAACUAUUUCGAUAGUGCCAAUAAGUUUUGUGUUUGUUUAACGAAUGGCCUGAAGAGUCAAGACAAACAACAACAAUUGACUGGAAAGCGGCAGACACUAGAAGAGCUUGGAUUGAAGAAUCUCGGUCCUAGUUUGUCCAAAAUAAGUGUAUCGUAUCCAGCUCCGGUAAGCGCUGGAAAUAUAGCACCAACUGGUCGUAAGAGUCCGCUUGUUACUAAACCAUUGGCUCCGCCACCAGUGAGUACGCUCCCAACAACAACGACUACGACCACAAUAAGCAGCAUUCCAACAAUUACAACCACAACAACAAGUACGACAACCAUAACACCAGUGGGGUCACGACCAAGGGGACGACCACCGGGCAGCAAAAAUUCCGUAUCGAAAGCACAAACGGAUGCAUCAAAGAAUGCAGCAUUGACUUCAUUAUUGCAACCAUUUGCAUUGGCAAAUUUGGAAGCAGUCACCGCUAAACUUGAUCCAACUGUUGUGGCCACGGUGUUGGCUUUGAUUGCCGAACCCAAUUUUAUGACUACUGUUGCACGUUUUCCGGAUCCAACAAGCCGAAAUACAUUGCUGCGUGAAUAUUUUACGAUUUCAAAAUUCGUAAAUAUUCCACAGCUCAUUGAGGGAUUUAACACUGUAUUUAACUACUUGGCAACGGCUUUGCAGACGCAAACUCUAACGCAAACUAUAGCUCAAACGUCAAUGGCAAGCCUUAUGCCGACGUCAAUGGCAAGCCUUAUGCCGACGCAAAUGAAAGCGACCAAAAUAGAAAAGACAUCAACGGUAUCAAAAUCAACACCGGCUUCAAUGUCAAUAUUUCCGACAGCAAAUAAACCACAUUCUUCGCUGACAACAUCGCCAUCGAAACCAUCAAUUUCGGCUAUAAAUCCAUCAAUAUCGGCGACUAUUACACCUGUUUCGUCUUCGCCGAAUCUAUUGAAAUCAGGAGCAUCCACUGUCAUAAGCGUAGGAAGCGGACAAUUGACGAUAACACCUAGUAUUUCAAUUACACAGUCGAAUCCAACGCCUACAUCAGUUCAUCUGCCCCAAAUGCCCGCACCAAGUUUCAUCGUGCAAAAACCAAAAGUACGACGUUCGACCGGAAAUAAACUGGCAAAAAUAACACAGAAAGCCCAACGAUCGUCUCUCGGCGCAAAUCCCUACCCAGUUAUGCCACCCAUUCCGAUGGAUGCAAUGAAUUUGCCGAAAUCACUCAGCAUAAUACCAUCGCCAAGUUCAUUUGUACCACCAAAAUUAUCGACCAAAUCACCGAUAAACGUUGAUCUUCUUCAAACUGGCAAACCGGUAAAAGAAACCAAACCAAAGAAGAAGUCAAUCGAUGGUAACAAAAUGAUUACACCCCAAUCGAAAAAAGCAACAUCUCAAAUACCCGGAAUGGAAUUACUCAAAAAAUCACUCCAAUCAAGUCCAAUGCAAUUGGCUCCAAAUCCAUACAAUUUCUUAUCGCACUAUGAACAAUUCAUAUCUGGCAUACCAACAGCUCCACUUGCGGCACCCAAACCAACGAAAUCAAGCACAGUUACGAGUCAAGCAACAACUCAACAACCGAAAUCAACGAUUAAAGUCAAACAAUUGGAACAACUGCAAGGACGUACAACGCCGAAAAUUACUGAAAAAACCACACAAAAAUCAAAGCAACCAUCAUUCCAAACACCCAACAUUAUCAACGUUAAAAAUCCACCAAUGUCGAGGAGUCCAUCAACAGUCUUAAAUGCGUACGGUACAACAAUCUCUAGUGUAUCCCAAACAAUGGCAACAAAUUUCUCACCACUGCAAACGGCACCGAAUCAACUUUCAGCCAAUUUACAAAUAAGCCCAACAAAAACUCUUCAACAAAAAUUAGCAGAACGGCAACGGCAGUUUCAUGACGCAAACUCUCAAUCCCGGCCAAGUUCAACAAGCUCUGCCGGAUCAUCGAAAACUCGCAAAAGUGAUACCGAAGUUAUUGUUUUAGAUUAAGAAAUUUCAUAUGUGUUUUGGCAAGCAUGUUGAAAAUAAGUUUAAGUGCAUUCAGUUUCUAUUUAAAUAUUCAAAUGUGUUAUUAUGUUUACUAUUAUCGUUCUAAUUUAAGGUAUAAAAUGAAAUGAAUCUUUUCAUUGACAUACAAGAGUUAAAACAAAACUCUCUUCAGUACUGAAUUCGAAAAUCUAUUUCUUCGUGUUUGCAAAUAAGAAUAUCUAAUCUAUUCAUUGAGAGUGCUCCAAGUUUUAGAUAAAAGUCUGUCUGAACAUUCACUCUAUUUAGAAAAAAAAUGUAUUUGCGAAGAACCUUGUCAAAUCUAUGUGGUUGUCCCUGUCACUUGAACCAUGAAAAUUCAUAUUUGAGUUUGACAGCUGGCCAACUAGGCAUUGUUCUAUAACAGGAAAAGAGGAAGAAGUUAACACCCCAUAUUAUAUUUGUUAAAUCAUCUCAAUUUAAAAUUCACGAAGAUCUGAAAAUUAAGUGGAAUAAUAUUGAAAUUAAAAUUAACAUAAAAGUACUUAAAAACAAAAUGAAUCAAACAAAUAAAAAUUAAUUAAAAGGAAACGUAAACUUUAUUCGAUCCACGAUAUAAUCUACUUUAUUCGGCUUAAACCUCUCGGAAAUUAAUGCCUUUCUUGCCAAGUCCAACUUAUCAGGAUAGUGCCAUGUAUUGCAUGAUCCACAUAUUGUAUGAGCUCGUAUUUGUAAAAAUAAUGAAAGUCAAUGUCUUAAAAGUAACAAUCAUUAAAAAACACUUUUUAUACACAUAUUUUAACAAUAAUUAUGCAAAAUAUGAAUAAAAUAAAAAAAAUCUUAA